AUGCAUUUGACCGGCGGCAGUUCGAAUAAUACUUUUAAUCCGAUUGCACCAACUAAUAAUUCUUCUACCAAUACUUGUUCUUCUUCAAUUGUUAAUAGUAAAAAACAGCAUUCAAUUUCCACGAUUAAAUGCGAUAAUAAUUCAUUUGCUCAACACGUAGAUAGCUCGAAAAGUAUCAGUAAAAAUUCGCUACGCUUAGAUAUUACUAGUAAAACAUGCGAUGCACUCACAGCCAACGCUGCUGCUGCUGCUGCUAAUGGCGGUGGCGGCAGUGGUGGUGUUGGUGUUGAUGAAGAAAAAGUAGAGAUCAUGGCGUCACCGAAAUGCGAUGCAACAGCAAUGUCACCACAAACGGCUCAAUCCACGUCGUCAUCGUCAAAAAAGACCGUCAAACGAAAUUUCAGCAUGAUAAGUUUCAAAUCGCUGGACUUUAAUCUUCGAUCGAUUUGUUCGAGCAUGAAGGGAAAACAUGGCAAGGAUACGAACAGCAGUGGAUCGGGUAAAUCAACAACCGUACCAACUGCAUCUAGCAGCAAAACAAGCAUUACGACGACCACACGUACACCCUAUCUCAAGGUUGAAGCCGUUGACAAUGAUGUCGACGAAGAGCAUUUGUUGAUCUCGUUUCCACAGUCGCCAUACUCACAUCGCGGCAGUUUUGAUAAGACACAAUCACAGCACCUAACUACAGUUCACUCCGAUUACACGCGGUCGCAGGCGAGUUCACCGUUUUUAUCUAUUACCACACCUCCAAAUAUUCGCCGUUCUUCUACGUCCGACAUAAUUGAUAAAAAACCACCAAUGCCAUCCACAAAUGUCACACCGAACGAGAGUCGUCGACCAAGCACAUCGAGUCUUCUGCGCAAGGCUCGUGAACGCAAAGGCAGUGAAACUAAAGGAGCUGGAGCCUUGAUGAGCCAUAAUAUGGGUUCCCGCAGUUUGUCACAUGGUGGAUUAUCACGAGGCGGCGGACGCAUGGGACGAAGAACGAGCAUGGCAUUUUAAAUUGUAUUCGGGCCAUGCUUCUACCCAAACUACACAUUUUAUGGAAUUUUUGAGCAAUCUUUGGAAUCAUUCAAUUAGCUUAUUAAAAAAUAAUUAAAACCAAAGAAGAAAAAAAACUCGCGCUGCAAAACGAUUUUAUGAGAAUACUCAAGCGAAUUGAUUGAAUUCAGACAACAAACUAACAAAAUACAAUACAUCAGCCUAAUAUAUACAUAAUGUACCUUAUAACAACAAACAAACAACUAACUUUUACCAACUACUUAGAAUCUGAUACAAAAACAAUGGGAAAACCCAACCAACCAACAAAAAAACAUACAUAUUUUUUUCAGAUUUGUUAAGCAAAACAAAAAAAAGCCUAUGCGUAAAAUAAUCGUUCGCUACACAACAAAAUAAACUUUAAGUCGAGAAUCAAGAAAUUUUUUCAACAAAUUUUCACUGAUACCAAGCAAAAUAUACCAAAAUGAAAAUAUUUUGAAAAAAAAAAAAUCCAAUUGAUACAUUUAUGAACAAUAAAGAGAGGUACUCGGUAGACGCCGCAUUGAGGUUGAAUUUUCGAAUUUCGGUUUCAUUCUGAUGAUUUAAUUUUAAAGCGAGCAACGAAUUCAGCUAUAUAUUUUCAGACUGACAACCCUUUUCUCUCUCUCUCUCUUUCUUCAUUCGCUCAUCACCGUCGGAUGACUUAGUUAGUUCUCUUUAGAAAAAAAACACCAAACAAAACUCAACUCUAGAUUUAAUUUACCAUUUAGCAUUUCGUUCGAUUUUGGUUUGCCUUUGUAGAGUUCGCUCGUUGCAUUAUUAUGAAUAUAGGUGAAUGACUGUGAUCUUGCAUCUAUGACAGAAGGGAGUCUAUUCAAAAUGAAAGCAAAAAACAAACUGUCUCAAUUGUUUCAAUUCUAGCCAAUAUACAAAUGGAAUCUAGAAUUUUAAUUGCAAAUUUAAUUUUAGUCUAGGAUGAGAAUUUUUAGGUAGCACAAAUAAUAUCAAAAACAAAUACAAAUCUCUUGCGGAAAAUCUAUUUUCACAAAACAAUAAUUUCGUAUUCGAUAUGUGUUUUGAAUCUUUAGAAAUCUAUUUAUCGUUAUAGCAAUUUACCAAAAAAAAAAAACAAACAAGUAUAUCAUUUGUUCUAUAAUAUAGUUUGUUCUUAGACAAAUGGAUUCUCAAUCUGUUCUAUACUCUUUAAUUCUGGUUGUCAAAAUGCGUGUGUGAAUAGCAAUGAUUUUGAGAUGAAAAGCAAUCCACAUUUUUUUUCUUCGUUCAUUUGUUAAAAUGUUCCCGGUCGGAAAUAUAUUUAUGUUUUUCUUAUUAGUAGAACGACGAUGACGAUGACGCCAAGCACAUACAUGCAAAGUAGAAAACGCGAUUUAAUGCAAACAGUCACCAUAACGUUUGUUUCAAAUAGAUACAGAACUAAGAAAAAAUGCAUAAACAAAUAGUAAAAUUUCUUAUUAUCACCAAUUGUCUUGAUUCGCAUUUAGAACCAAUCAUGUACCGAAUAGAAAAAUUUCAAUAAAGUUGUCAAAUUCAAACUUCAA